AGUAUAGUUAUCAGUUGAAUGUUCGCUCUCGGAACGUCAAUAUGCAGUACCCUAAUGGUGAUACCAUAGCUCCAAAUUCAUUGGAAUAUGAUGAAGUUUUGGAGAAGAUAGGUUACGGCAAGACGCAAUGGGUACUACUUCUAAUGAGUGGCCUUUUAACAAUUACUUCUGUGGCUGCUCAACAAUCAAUGAGUAUUAUUGUUCUCGCAUCCCACUGCGAAUUCAAGACAACAGAAGCCGAAAAGGGCGUCAUGAUGGCGGCAUGUGUAACUGGUGUUUUUCUCUCAACCUAUAUAUGGGGAUAUGUCAGCGACGCUAUUGGACGACGUACAGUUUUACUAUACGGAAUUUUUAUAAGUAGUGGCCUUUUAUUUAUUCUAAUGUUUGUAACAAGCGUUUGGCUUUUUAACAUUAUUAAUUUGCUUUCUGGUAUCAGUCUCGGCGGUGUCUCAGCGGCAAUUUACCCUUACUUGAGUGAAUUUAACAUACCUCGCCACAGAGCAGUUGCGAUAAAUUAUUCGACAAUGUUUGUCAGUGUGACUGCAAUCUAUGUCCCAGCGACCGCUUGGGCCAUAUUAUCGUCGGACUGGUCUAUUCAUAUACUUGGAGACUUUAUUUUUCGACCAUGGCGUUUAAUAAUGCUGUUCAGUCUAUUACCCGGAGUUAUUGGAGGACUACUACUUAUAUAUUAUCCCGAAAGCCCCAAAUUUCUGCUGUCUGAAAAUAAAGAACACCAGGCACUAAUCGCUGUAGAUUGGAUCAGUAAAUUUAAUCGUGGAUUACCAAUUACUCGCGUUCUUAAUUGUAAUGAAUUUACACUAAAGCCGGAAAUACAGUAUGAAGAAAACGUAUUGUCGAAUCACAAAGGUUGGCAUAUUUUGACAAACAUCGCACGUGCUACCCGUCCUUUGUUUCAAAAGCCACAUGGAUUAAACUUUGUAUUAUGCAACUUGGCUAUCGUUUGUUUGUUUUUCAGCUCAAACGGAAUGCAGUUUUGGUUUCCAGAAAUCGUUAACCGAUCAUCCAACGAAGAAAAUCAAAACUCAACAGUUUGUCAAAUAUUAGACAGCUCCUAUGUUGAACAAAAUAGUUCUACGAAUAGCACUGUGAUCUGCUCAGAUGCAAUAUCAACUAAAACAUACAUUGAUAAUAUGAUCGUUGGAAUAGCGUUUUUAUUAGGGUUUUCAAUACAAGGCACUCUAUUGAAUCCUCUUGGUCGUAAAAACGUUUUAAUGGCCGCUCUAGUAUUUUCUAUUGCUAGUGGAAUUUUACUGCACUUUGUUUCCAACCCCAUCGCUGUACUAGUUCUAUUUUGCCUUUACAUCCUGUUGCCCGGAUUAUCGAUAUCCAUUAUGUUAGGUGCAGUCGUUGAUCUGGUACCAACAAACUUAAGAGGAAAAGCUGUUAGUUUGUGCAUGUCAUUGGGACGACUUGGUACUAUUGCGGCAACUAAUCUAAUUGGUGUUAUGUUACACCCGUAUUGUAACACAACUUUUGCAUUGUUUACCUUUAUUCUUUUCGUUUGUAUUGUGAUUGUGUUUCGUCUACCAAUAAGGAAUUCUGCAUAAUUCAUUUAAGUUAAGAAUAACCGAAAAAAUAUGGAUACAAAUAAAGUUGCUCUUGCAUUAAAAAAAA